CUGCAUGAACAUCGUGAGUACACCGAGGGAUGUAUUGAUAUCAUUUGUGAAGAGUGGGGAAGGAGUAGAACAGUUAGGUUGCUAAAAGUGAUGUUAGAAAAGUCAUGUCCAACACUGCCAUACAAUAUUGUUCUCAUUUUAAGAUCAAACUCAUCCAGAACAAAAGUAGUUGGUCAUAGCAGAUUAAGCAUCGUGCUAAAUAAAAAAAAUUUUGCUUUUGUGGAAACUGUUGUUGUAUCAAAGUCACACAGAGGGAAGGGAUUGGGCAGGAAGUUGAUGGAGGAAACAGAAAAACAUGCCUUGAAGUUGGGGAUAGAAACACUCUGCUUGACAACAUUGGACAAGCAGGACUUCUACAGGCAUCUAGGC